CUCUUCCCCUCGACAGACCUCUUCUUCCUCCGUCUCCAUCGUGGAUCUCGUCCUCCGGAGAUCUCUUCACGGUCUUCCAAGUUGGGUAAUCCAGUAGAUAACUCCUACAAGCUUCUCUGCAACUUGGCUCGUGGUUGAUGCUUCCAGGUGCAAAUCUUAUGGUUGAGUCUGAUGAUGAAGUAAUAGUCAUGGUUAGACUGUUCUAAUGAGAAGAAGAAGAUGAAAGUACCACAUCUGGGCAAUGGGAACACAUAUAUUGUGCCACCACAACGCAACAGGCCCAUUGCAAGGCCACCUCGAUGGAUAAUUAUCCUGCUAUGUUUGGUAUCUGUCUGCUUGAUCGGGGCAUACAUAUAUCCACCUGGGCAGUAUCCGGCUUGCUACUUUUUUUCUUCAAGUGUUUGCAGCCCUAUUAAGUACUGGUUGCCUCCUAUAGCACGGGAACUUACUGAUGAUGAGUUUGCCUCUCGUGUUGUCAUCAAAAACAUUCUUUCCAUGCCACUAGUUUGGCCAAAGCAUCCCAAAAUUGCUUUCAUGUUCUUGACUCCAGGAUCAUUGCCCUUCGAAAAACUCUGGGAGACAUUUUUUCUGGGCCAUGAAGGGAGAUUUUCCAUCUAUAUACAUGCAUCACGAGAGAAGCCAGUGCACGUGAGUCCUUUAUUUGUUGACCGGGACAUAAGGAGUGCUAAGGUUGUGUGGGGUAAGAUAUCUAUGGUUGAGGCAGAAAAGAGAUUACUGGCAAAUGCACUCCAAGACCCUGAUAAUCAACAUUUUGUCCUGCUUUCUGACAGUUGUGUUCCUCUACAUAACUUUGAUUAUGUGUAUAGCUAUCUGAUGGGAACAAAUGUCAGCUAUAUUGACACAUUUUGGGAUCCUGGCCCACAUGGUAAUGCCAGGUAUACUGAGCAUAUGUUGCCAGAGAUUGAAGAAAAGGACUUUAGGAAGGGUUCACAGUGGUUCUCAAUGAAGCGCCAGCAUGCAUUAAUAGUUAUGGCAGACAGCCUUUAUUUCACAAAGUUCAAGCUUUAUUGCAAGCCAGGUUUUGAUGGACGUAAUUGUUAUGCUGAUGAACACUAUCUGCCGACUCUAUUCACUAUGAUUGACCCUAAUGGCAUUGCAAACUGGUCGGUGACACAUGUGGAUUGGUCUGAAGGAAAAUGGCAUCCAAAAUCAUACCGAGCUGAGGAAGUGACAUACGAACUCCUGAAGAAUAUAACUUCUAUUGAUGAGAGUUACCACAUCACAAGUGAUGAGAAGGGAAUAAAAUCUUGGUCCAGUACCUAUACUGGUUAACUAUCGAACAGGUAUUGUAUGAGAUCGGACAGCAUACUAAAUGUCAGUAUGGGUCAAUACCAGUUGGUACCAUUUGGACUGGAGAGAAAAAGACAAAGGAGAGGAGGCAAAAGCAAAGGAGGAGAAAACAGCACUGCAAACUGGUACAAGAAGGUGGCAGCGGCACAUACUGGUAGGGGGAGGAUGUGGCAAUGCAGAUGAGAGAAGGUGGUGACAUGUAUUGGUAACAGGAGGCGGCAAUGCGUAUGAAGAGGAGGCUGUGGUGAUGCAUUCUUUGGUGGAGGAGGCUAUGCCAACACAAACAGGGAGAAAAAAGAAGAAGAGAGUGAAUCUGUUGAAAGAAGAGAGAAAAGAAGAUAAAAGAAAAAAAAAAGAGAGGUAGCUAGAACAAAAAGCUUAUCAGGUAGUAAGCAUUCUUUUCAAACAGACCACACAAAAUUGCUCGGUCUCAUAUACCAGUCGACCAUUAGACUAGUAAAUGUUGGUCCAUACCGACUGGGACAUUUGAAAUUUUAAUUCAUAGUUUGGAUGUGUGGCUGAGUGCUAGAUUAUCUGAGUUGCAGCAGACUAGCAACUUGCUAUAUCAAUAAAGCUACCUUCUUUGUUCCAGUCGAUCAGGCAGUACAAUGAAUAUACAAGGCACCUGAAAUUUGCUAAGCAAUAAGCAUAAUCUCUUUUCAAUACAUUGAACAACUGCAACUACCUCUUAAGUUAGUUGGAGUCAUUUACAUUUGCAGGUGAUCUUUUUUUAUGCAUAUGAUUUCUAAUGGACCAGCAAAGAUUUUCUUCUUUCACAUACCUAAAAAAGUUCAUGCUAUUUGUGUGAUAAACUGAUUUGUCUAAUAUAUAUACAUAUGUCCAGUACAAAUAUCAAUAGAACUAGUUAUUAAUUGUUAGCGUGAAAUACAUAUUUUCAGUAUGCUGUCCAUGUUUUGCCUUGAAACAUUGAAGUCGAUAUUAGUAAUGGUUUCAUGACUGUUGCAGAAAGUGGAGAUGCUGACACCUUGUGUGUGGAACGGAUCGAAGAGACCAUGUUAUUUGUUUGCCAGGAAAUUUUUGCCUGAAGGCCUUGACAAU